GACAGUUCAAUUCCCCAUUCUGUAGCACAUACACUGUUACUAAUAACGUCUCUGGACUCAUCAACUUCAAGGCACUCCGAUUUCGCAAGCCCCCAAACUGGAGUGCACUGUGACAGAACAACUCCACACAGCGACAGGGGAGUCUGAGGGAAGAGAAGGGCAGAGUGACGUGAGGACUGUGAGGCUUGGAGAGGGAACGUCUGCGUAGGGGACCGCAAACAACCCAGAGCAGGCCAAUGGGAACGUGGAAGCUUGGCAAGCUGGUGCUGGGAUGGGUGGCCAUGUGUUGGGCUACUCUCCAGGCAGUGCACGGCCAGGGAGAUGGAAACCUCAUGGCCAGUCGUUUCACAGGACGCUUUGACGAGAGGGAGGUGCAGAGGGUCAGAAGGAGGGGCCAGGAGUCACUGCGGGGGCCCAAUGUGUGUGGAUCACGUUUCCACUCGUACUGCUGCCCCGGAUGGAAGACUCUCCCGGGAGGGAACCAGUGCAUUGUCCCGAUCUGCAGGAACUCCUGUGGAGAAGGCUUCUGCUCCAGGCCCAACAUGUGCACCUGCUCCAACGGGCAGCUCUCCCCCAGCUGUGGGGCCACAUCAGGAGUGCAGACCUGUAACGUCCGGUGUAUGAACGGAGGAAGCUGCAGCGAGGAUUCCUGCGCCUGUCAGAAGGGCUACACGGGCACCCACUGUGGCCAGCCUGUGUGUGAGAACGGAUGUCAGAACGGGGGGCGCUGCAUCGGGCCCAACAGAUGUGCCUGCGUCUACGGCUUCACUGGUCCGCAGUGCGAAAGAGACUACCGGACCGGGCCCUGCUUCUCGCAGGUCAACAACCAGAUGUGCCAGGGUCAGCUGAGCGGCAUCGUGUGCACCAAGACACUGUGCUGCGCCACCAUCGGCCGCGCCUGGGGCCACCCGUGCGAGAUUUGCCCCGCCCAGCCGCACCCCUGCCGCCGCGGCUUCAUCCCCAACAUCCGCACGGGAGCCUGCCAGGAUGUGGACGAGUGCCAGGCCAUCCCUGGGCUAUGCACAGGAGGGAACUGCAUCAACACUGUGGGCUCUUAUGAGUGCAAGUGUCCUGCCGGGCACCGCCAAAGUGACGUCAACCAGAAGUGUGAGGACAUCGAUGAGUGCAGCACUAUUUCUGGCGUGUGCGACGGCGGCGAAUGCACCAACACCGUGGGCAGCUAUGUUUGCACCUGCCCCCGCGGCUACAUCACCAGCGCAGACGGCUCCAGAUGUGUAGACCAGCGGGUGGGCACAUGUUUCUCUGCCUUGGCGAGUGGGCGCUGUGCGGCGGAGCUGACGGGACAGUACACCAAGAUGCAGUGCUGCUGUGACACAGGACGCUGCUGGGCCUCUGGGCAGAUCCCCGAAAUGUGUCCCGUUAGAGGAUCUGAUGAGUACAGGAGACUGUGCAUCGAAGGAGUGCCGUAUGGAACGGGCGCCAACGGAGGCUUCCCUGGUGGGGGUGGUGGCUACAGCUACGGGUACAAACUCAACCCCGUUGGCCCGAAUGGAAACGGUGGUCACCACACCAAUGGAGGAGGUGGACUGGGAGGUGGAGGAAUCGGGGGCAAUGGUCUCCCGAUCAACCAUAUAAGCACUGUCACCCUGAAUGAGACCAUCGACGUCUGCAAGCACUUCACCAACCUGUGCCUCAACGGCCGCUGCAUCCCCACACCCCCCAGCUACCGCUGCGAGUGUAACAUGGGCUUCCGCCAAGACGUCCGCGGGGAGUGCAUUGAUGUAGAUGAGUGUGUAAGCAAUCCCUGUGUGAAUGGAGACUGUGUGAACACACCUGGAUCGUACCACUGCAAGUGUCAUGAAGGCUACCAGGGCACCUCCACUAAGCAGGCCUGCAUUGAUAUUGAUGAGUGCAUCGUGAACGGCGUGAUGUGCCGCAACGGCCGCUGUGUCAACACCGACGGCAGCUUCCAGUGCAUCUGCAAUGCUGGCUUUGAGCUCACCCCGGACGGCAAGAACUGCAUAGACCACGAUGAGUGUGCCACCACCAACAUGUGCCUGAACGGGAUGUGCAUCAAUGAGGAUGGCAGCUUCAAGUGCAUCUGCAAACCGGGCUUUGCCCUGGCACCCAAUGGCCGCUACUGCACUGAUAUCGACGAGUGCCAAACGCCGGGCAUCUGCAUGAACGGGCGCUGCAUCAACUCCGAGGGCUCCUUCCGCUGCGAGUGCCCGCCGGGCCUGGCCAUCGACGUGGAUGGCCGCGUCUGCGUGGACACCCACAUGCGUACCACCUGCUACGGCGCCAUCAAGAUGGGCACCUGCUCCCGGCCGCUCCCCGGGGCCGUCACCAAGUCCGAGUGCUGCUGCGCCAACCCUGAACAUGGCUUCGGGGAGCCCUGCCAGCCCUGCCCCGCCCGAAGCUCAGCUGAGUUCCAGGCUGUGUGCAGCAGUGGCACUGGGAUCACAGCCGACGGGAGGGAUAUUAACGAGUGUGCCUUGGACCCGGAGAUCUGCCAGAAUGGGAUGUGUGAGAACUUGCGUGGAAGCUACCGCUGCAUCUGCAACAUCGGCUACGAGUCUGACUCUAGCGGCAAAAACUGCGUGGAUAUUAAUGAGUGCCUGGUGAAUCGCCUGCUGUGUGACAACGGGCUCUGCAGGAACACCCCUGGGAGCUACUCCUGCUCCUGCCCUACAGGCUUCGUUUUCAAAGCUGACUCUGAGACCUGUGAAGAUGUAAAUGAAUGUGAGUCCAGUCCCUGCAUCAACGGCGUGUGCCGCAACGUGGCCGGGUCCUUCAACUGCGAGUGUUCUCACGGCAGCAAGCUGGACUCCACCAACACCAUCUGCGUGGACAGCAUGAAGGGCACCUGCUGGCUGAACAUUCAAGAUGGCCGCUGUGAGGUCAACAUCAAUGGUGCCACCCUGAAGUCUGAGUGCUGCUCCACCCUGGGUGCGGCCUGGGGCAGCCCCUGCGAGCGCUGCGAGAUCGACACUGCCUGCCCCAGAGGGUUCGCUCGCAUGAAGGGAGUCACCUGUGAAGACAUUAACGAGUGUGAGGUGUUCCCGGGGGUGUGCACCAACGGGCGCUGCGUGAACACUCAGGGGUCCUUCCGCUGCGAGUGCGCCGAGGGGCUCACCCUCGAUGGCAGCGGACGCACCUGCGUGGACGUGCGCAGUGAGCAGUGCUAUUUGAAGUGGCAUGAGGAUGAGUGCGGGGAGCCGCUGCCGGGCAGGUACCGCUUGGACAUGUGCUGCUGCUCCGUGGGCGCCGCCUGGGGCAUCGACUGUGAGGAGUGCCCCAAGCCAGGCACCCCUGAGUACAAGGCCAUCUGCCCGCGGGGGCCGGGCUUCGCCAACCGAGGGGACAUCCUCACUGGCAGACCCUUCUACAAAGAUGUGAACGAGUGUAAGGUGUUCCAGGGCCUGUGCUCGCACGGGACGUGCCGCAACACCAUCGGCAGCUUCAAGUGUCGGUGCAGCAGCGGCUUUGCCCUCACCAUGGAGGAGAGGAACUGCACAGACAUCGACGAGUGCCGCAUCUCCCCGGACCUGUGCGGCCACGGCGCCUGCGUGAACACGCCCGGCAGCUUCGAGUGCGAGUGCUUCGAGGGUUACGAGAGCGGCUUCAUGAUGAUGAAGAACUGCAUGGAUAUCGAUGAGUGUGAGCGUGACCCCCUCCUGUGCCGCGGCGGCACCUGUCUCAACACGGAUGGCAGCUACGAGUGCGACUGUCCCCCGGGACACCAGCUCAGCCCAGAGGGCUCGUCCUGCGAGGACGUCAACGAGUGCCAGCUGAGUGACAACCUGUGCAAGAACGGCCAGUGCGUCAACAUAGUGGGCACAUACCAGUGCUCCUGCGACACCGGCUACCAGGCCACCCCGGACCGGCAGGGCUGCGUCGACAUUGAUGAGUGCACCAUCAUGAACGGGGGCUGUGACACUCACUGCACCAACUCUGAGGGCAGCUACGAGUGCAGCUGCAGCGAAGGCUACGCCCUGAUGCCGGACCUGAGGACCUGCGCAGACAUCGACGAGUGCGAGGACACCCCGGACAUCUGCGACGGCGGCCAGUGCACCAACAUCCCCGGGGAGUACCGCUGCCUCUGCUUCGACGGCUUCAUGGCCUCCAUGGACAUGAGGACCUGCAUCGAUGUGAACGAGUGCGACCUGAACCCCAACAUCUGCCUGCAUGGGGACUGCGAGAACACAAAGGGCUCCUUCAUCUGCCACUGCCAGCUGGGCUACUUUGUUAAGAAGGGCUCCACAGGCUGCACAGAUAUCGACGAGUGCGAGAUCGGGGCCCACAACUGUGACAUGCACGCGGCCUGCAUCAACAUACCUGGGAGCUUCAAGUGCCGCUGCCGCGACGGCUGGGUGGGAGACGGCAUCAAGUGUGUGGACCUGGAUGAGUGCUCCACGGAAGAGCACAACUGCAACCCCAACGCCGACUGCAUCAACACCCCCGGCUCAUACCGCUGUACCUGCAAAGAGGGCUUCAACGGCGACGGGUUCUCCUGCUCAGACAUGGAUGAGUGCGCGGACAACGUGAACCUUUGCGAAAACGGCCAGUGCCUGAACGCGCCGGGCGGCUACCGCUGCGAGUGUGAGAUGGGCUUCACCCCGACGGAGGACAGCAAGGCCUGCCAGGACAUCGACGAGUGCAACUUCCAGAACAUCUGCGUGUUCGGGACCUGCCAGAACCUGCCGGGGAUGUUCCGCUGUGUGUGUGACGAAGGCUACGAGUUGGACCGCAGUGGGGGCAACUGCACCGAUGUGAACGAGUGUGCAGACCCUGUCAACUGCAUCAACGGGCUGUGCGUCAACAUGCCAGGCAGCUACCUCUGCAACUGCCCUCCGGACUUUGAGCUCAACCCGACCGGUGUGGGCUGCGUGGACACCCGUGUGGGAAACUGCUUCCUGGACACGCUGGCGCGGGGGGAUGGAGGGAUAUCGUGCAGUGCGGAGAUUGGCGUUGGUGUCACCAGGGCAUCCUGCUGCUGCUCACUAGGGGGUGCCUGGGGAAACCCCUGUGAAUUGUGCCCACCGGUCAACUCAACGGAGUACAAGACCCUGUGCCCUGGAGGAGAGGGCUUCCGGCCCAACCCCAUCACUGUCAUCCUGGAGGAUAUCGACGAAUGCCAGGAGCUGCCAGGUCUGUGCCAGGGGGGCAACUGUGUGAACACAUUUGGCAGCUUCCAGUGCGAGUGCCCAGCAGGCUACUACCUCAACGAGGAGACACGCAUCUGUGAGGAUAUUGAUGAGUGCACAGCCCACAUUGGUAUCUGCGGCCCUGGGACUUGCUACAACACUCUGGGCAACUACACUUGUGUCUGCCCACCGGAGUACAUGCAGGUCAACGGAGGCAACAACUGCAUGGACAUGCGGAAGAGCGUGUGCUACCGCAACUUCAACGACACCUGCGAGAAUGAGCUGUCCUUCAACAUGACGAAGAAGAUGUGCUGCUGUGCCUACAACGUGGGCAAGGCCUGGAACAAGCCCUGCGAGGCGUGCCCCACUCCCGCUACGUCGGAGUACCAGCUCCUGUGCGGCAACCAGGCACCUGGGUUCAUCAUCGACAUCCACACAGGAAAGCCCAUUGAUAUUGACGAGUGCCGCGAGAUCCCGGGAAUCUGCGCGAACGGCGUGUGCAUCAACCAGAUCGGCAGCUUCCGCUGCGAGUGCCCCAUGGGCUUCAGCUACAACAACAUCCUGCUGAUCUGCGAAGAUAUCGAUGAGUGCAACAGCGGGGACAACCUGUGCCAGCGCAACGCCAACUGCAUCAACAUCCCCGGGAGCUACCGCUGCGAGUGCUCGCCCGGGUUCAAGCUCUCCCCCAGCGGAGCCUGUGUGGACCGGAACGAGUGUCAGGAGAUCCCCAACGUGUGCAGUCACGGGGAGUGCAUCGACACCCAGGGCAGCUACCGCUGCCUCUGCCACAACGGCUUCAAGGCCACCGCCGACCAGACCAUGUGCAUGGACAUUGAUGAGUGCGAUCGGCAGCCGUGUGGCAAUGGCACCUGCAAGAACACCGUGGGAUCCUACAACUGCCUGUGCUUCCCCGGGUUCGAGCUCACGCACAACAACGACUGCAUGGAUGUGGAUGAGUGCACAGCGCUGGUGGGCCAGGUGUGCAGGAAUGGCCAGUGCAUCAACAGCCUGGGCUCCUUCCAGUGCCUGUGUCAGGACGGCUAUGAGCUCACCCCUGACGGCAAGAACUGCGUCGAUAUUAACGAGUGUGUGAGUUUCCCGGGGACUUGCUCUCCUGGGACCUGUCAGAACCUGGACGGCUCCUUCCGCUGCAUCUGUCCCCCUGGAUACGCCGUGCAGAAUGACCAGUGCAUUGACAUCAACGAGUGCGAUGUGGAGCCCAACCUCUGCCAGUUCGGCACCUGCACCAACACGCCGGGCAGCUUCCAGUGCAUCUGCCAGCCGGGCUUCGUGCUGUCCGACAACGGCCGCCGCUGCUUCGAUACCCGCGAGAGCUUCUGCUUCACCCGCUUCGAGGCGGGCAAGUGCUCCGUGCCCAAGGCCUUCAACAACACCAAAGCCAAGUGCUGCUGCAGCAAGAUGCCGGGCGAGGGCUGGGGCGACCCCUGCGAGCUGUGCCCACGGGAGAACGAGGCUGCCUUCGAUACUCUCUGCCCCUACGGUCACGGAGCUCUGCCUGGCCCUGGAGAUGGUCGUGAAGACAUGAACGAGUGUUUGGACAACCCGGGCAUCUGCGUGAACGGCAUGUGCAUCAACACAGACGGCUCCUUCCGCUGCGAGUGUCCGUUCGGCUACAACCUGGACUACACCGGAGUCAACUGCGUGGACACAGACGAGUGCUCCAUCGGGAACCCCUGUGGCAACGGCACCUGCACCAACGUGGUGGGAGGUUUCGAGUGUGCCUGUCAGGAGGGAUUCGAACCUGGGCCCAUGAUGACAUGUGAAGACAUCAACGAGUGCGCCCUCAACCCGCUGCUCUGCGCCUUCCGCUGCGUCAACACUUUCGGCUCCUACGAGUGCACCUGUCCAGCGGGAUACGUGCUGCGUGACGACCACAGGAUGUGCAGAGACCAGGAUGAGUGCUCUGAGGGGCUGGACGACUGCGACUCCAAGGGCAUGACCUGCAAGAACCUCAUCGGCACCUUCAUGUGCAUCUGUCCCGUGGGCAUGCAGAGGCGGCCGGAUGGAGAGGGCUGCAUGGACCUCAACGAGUGCCGCACCAAACCUGGCAUCUGCAAGAACGGGCGCUGCGUCAACACCGUGGGCAGUUAUCGCUGCGAGUGCAACGAGGGCUUCCAGCCCAGCUCCACUGGCACAGAGUGCAUCGACAACAGGCAGGGCUUCUGCUUCACGGAGGUGCUUCAGACCAUGUGCCAGCAGUCUUCCACCAACCGCAACAGCGUCACCAAGUCUGAGUGCUGUUGCAAUGGCGGGCGAGGAUGGGGCCCCCACUGCGAGCUCUGCCCGCUGCCUGGCACUGUGCAGUACAAGAGGAUGUGCCCGCUGGGGCCUGGGUACACCACUGACGGAAGGGACAUCAACGAGUGCCAGGUGAUGCCCAACCUGUGUAAGAACGGGCAGUGCGUCAACAGCAUCGGGUCCUUCCGCUGCCACUGCAACGUGGGCUACACAAAUGACUUCACUGGCGCCACCUGCGUCGAUGUGGACGAGUGCGCUCAGUCUCCCAAGCCCUGCAACUUCCUGUGCAAGAACACGGAGGGCAGCUACGUGUGCUCCUGCCCCAGAGGGUACAUCCUGCAGCCUGAUGGCAAGACCUGCAAAGACCUGGACGAGUGCUCCACCAAGCAGCACAACUGUCAGUUCUUGUGUGUCAAUACCAUUGGUGGCUUCACCUGCAAGUGUCCCCCUGGUUUCUCUCAGCACCAGACCACCUGCAUUGACAACAACGAGUGCAACCAGCCCAACCUCUGUGGCUCCCGGGCCUCCUGCCUCAACACCCCCGGCAGCUUCAACUGCGAGUGUCAGAAGGGCUUCACCCUGGACAGCACCGGGGUGGAGUGCGAGGAUGUGGAUGAGUGUGGUGGGAACCACCGCUGCCAGCACGGCUGUCAGAACAUGCUGGGAGGAUUCCGCUGUGGCUGCCCCCAGGGCUAUGUCCAGCACUACCAGUGGAAUCAGUGCGUAGAUGAGAACGAAUGCAACAGCGCUCACAUGUGUGGAUCGGCCUCGUGCUACAACACCCUGGGAAGCUACAAAUGCGUGUGCCCGUCGGGUUUUGACUUCGAGCAGAGCGUCGGCGGCUGCCAGGACAUCAACGAGUGCUCCCUGGGCAACAACCCCUGCAGCUACGGCUGCUCCAACACAGACGGGGGCUACCUGUGUGGCUGCCCUGGGGGCUACUACAGAGCGGGACAGGGUCACUGCAUCACCGGCCUGGGCUUCCAGGGCCAGCUCACCCCUGGCUCAGAGGGUGAGGAGGACGACGCCCUGUCCCCAGAGGCCUGCUACGAGUGCAAGAUCAAUGGCAACGGUGGCAAGGGUGGCCGGCACAGACGCAGCACAGGGGACAAUGACCUGAAAGAGCUGCCGGUCAGCAUGGCCAGCAUGGACACCCAGUCCUCCAUCCCCAUGAACCUGAGCCUCUCCGCGCUGCAGAACAAGGAGCCCCUCCUGGAGCUGCUGCCCGCCCUGGAGCCCCUGGAGCACCACGUGCGCUACGUCAUCACCCACGGCAACCAGGGCGACCACUUCCGCCUGCUGGAGCGCCGCGACGGCAAGAGCGUCCUGCGGCUGGGACGCAAGGCCCCGCUGCCAGGCUCCUACCGGCUGGAGAUCGCCAGCCUGCCCCUCUUCGGCCCGCGCCAGCUGCGGCAGCUGGAGGACCAGCACGACACCGACUACCUGCUGGGGGAGAUCGGCGACGCCCUGCGCAUCAAGCUGCACAUCCACCUGCACUGAGCGCCAGCCCAUGGACUGCCGCCCCCCCACGGCCCCUCCCUCCCUCCCUCCCUGAGCGGCCCCCCACAGGGCAGGGUCCUUUAAAAAAACUGAAACAAGUGACCACCACUUUUUUUUGUUGAGUAUCUGUUUGUCGUUCUUGUUCUUGUCAUCCCCCCCAACCCAACCCUCCCUUCCCCCCCUGGCCCCGCAGCCCCUUGGCCCCUUGCCCGCGGAGCAGAUUGCAGGAAGGUGUUUGGUGUUUGGGUCACACCUCCUCUCCACCGCCUCUGUGUGGGCACAGUAGGCAUCUCCGGUGUGAGGCUGGAGAGCGGCCCCCCUCUGCCCGUUCCCUCCAGCCUGAGCGCAGCAACCAUAGAUGAGGGGGAGGGAAGGUCCAUUCAGAGUCAAGAGUAUUUGAUGGCAGUUUCUGAAAGGCUGUUAUGUUAACAUACACCGAAUGUGGGAGACAGCAGGGAUGAACAGAACUGCUAGAUGUUCAGUCUUAAUGGUAAAGGAGUCUUUAGGUUUAUGUGAUCCUCCAUUGAAUUCAAGUGGGCUUCUCUGGAGCAGCAUCUCAAGUCGUUUUUGACAGGUUUGACUGACCAGAGUUCUAGAUGUAAAUCAGUAGGUUCUCAGUACCAAAUCGUUUUUAUCUGUGUUCUUCCUGUGCUUAUGGGUAAGAGCACUAUGUGAGAGAAGGGUAGAAAAAAAGCAACUGAACAUGUGCCAUUUCAGCUGUGGUCCAAACAGUCUCCCACCUUUCUGUAAUCUCAGUGAAGUCACAAUGCUGGGGUCAAAGAUAAAAAAAGAUAUCGUCUGCUCCAUUCAGUAUUCUGUGUAAUCUCUAAUGUAUUAUACUGUUUAAAAGUAAGAAAAAAUGUUCACACGAAGGACUGCAACUUUAAAGCAACAAUUCAGGUCUUAAAAAACAGAUUACCUACACAUUUCAAAAAGUCAAAUAAAUGGUUAGUACUGUCAUAGUCAUCUCCUGUAAGUAGAGAGUUUAGGUGCCUUUUCAGUGUGUUUGCGUGUGCUGCCGCGUUCCGUUACCUCAACCCUCUAAACUGACACCAAUCACAACACAGCUCUGUUGUAGUACUGCUUCUAAGCAGCAGAGGGCGACUGUCCCUCAUUAACAGGAACCAGAGAAGAAACCCUGAGGUCCAACAAGACAAACUGGACAUCAUUAUCGUGGUGCUACAGUUUCAUCAUGCACUGAAACUAUUCUGUGAAUAUAUCAGGGAGGUUUGUCUUAGAAUGACACAAAAUGGACAAAUAUUUGACCAAAGUUCCUUAGAUGGUACAAUUAAAUUAGUACUGUUCUAGUGCAUGAGUGCCAGCUUUUUGUUUGUCGCGGAUUCAGUCAUUUUUGCUUAACUCUUCAAUGAAGACAAAACACAGCUGUAAUCUAACAAACCGAUCAAAUGUAACUGAUGGUACAUUUACGCCUUCAAGCAGGUUGUUACAAUACAUCCUUAAGAUGCGAGCACGCACAGACAAACACCGAUCCUCAUGUAAGACAAGCUUUCAUCAGGUCUGCACAUCAACAAUUCUCAUGUUUUUGCUUAAAGAAAGGUGCUAAACAAUUCAACUUUCACACUGUGCAAAAGUGAAAACCGCAGUCUUGAAUCUUGAUUGCAAAAAGUGACAUUUUUAUUAGGUUUUUGUUGCGUGUUUUGUCUGUCUGUUGUACUGUCUCAUUGCUGAAAACCAACAUUAUUAAACUUGCUUCUUGAAAAUUAAAUUGUAUAUUUUUAAGUGAAAUGUAGAUUUUUUUUGUUAUUUUAAUGAGCUUCAAGGCUGCCAAACCAAAAACUUUAUUCUGAACACAAGAUUGAAGGCCUCACAGUGCUGUUAAGUUUGUUUUGCUCAAAAACCGUAUGACAGUCGCCACCCUUCACCGAUUUCAGAACAUCACCAGAAAGGCUACUGUUUACAUGUCAUUGUCCUACUCAAAUUCUCUGAGCUCGUAACAGUAAUAAUGUUAUUAUAGAAUAACCAAAGAGGAAUGUGGAGCUUCAGGGAAAACACAGAGGUACAGGAGUUUCCACUGAGAUUUGACAAUAAGCUGAACUAGGCCUGGAGGAGCAAAGCAAACACAGCACUCGGGCACUUCACCAUCUGAGAGUGUCAACGUUUAUAUCUCUGGUGCUAAACAGCGAUCUUGCUCUCUGAACAUCAAGGUUUCUGCACUGUACAACAGCCUGAGCUAUAUUUAUGCAUAACCGUUUUAACAUGGGACCUUGUAUACUUUGUAUCUUUUUUGUUCGUUUUAUUUUAUUUGCCACUACAUGUAAAAGAAAGAAUGUGUGUUUGUGUGUGUGUACUGUAUCUCAGCUCCAGCGUCAAACUUGAAACACACUGUUACCAUCAACCUGUAACUUUUAUGUUGUUUUUGAGGGAAAAAAAAAAACAAACCAAAAGAAGUUUCUUAAAAAUAGCUCAGGAAGGAGGUAUAUGCGGGCCCUAGAGCUGUAUCUCUGCUCGAAACCGUAUGUGGGUUUCUAUGACUAUCAAUUGAGCCAUAUAAUUUCUACAAGCAAGGCCCAACUGAACUUCCUUCAAAUCCAGUAGGAUGUCAUUUGCAAAUUAUUUGUUUUCCAUUAUGCUGGGAAGAUUCAAAAAGAUUAAUUUCUUUGAG